AUGGAACAAAUUUCCGGGGCCUUUCAGGAGUACUUCUGUUCAUCUCAGCUGACCUUAGAAUACUCACGGCCGCUCUUCUGUCGCUCAAAUGAUGAUUAUGUGUUCUCCUGGACCGUCCAACAGACUAUCGUUACGAUGACUCCUCCCCAGAAGAUUUAUACCACCUCCAGCCUUUUCCUUCGUUCGCUGUCACGGUCUGGGAUCACCCAUGCCUUCGUCAAUUGGGGAUCGGAUCAUCCUGCCCUUCUCGAGGACCUGGAGCGUCAACGAGUCGAGCAUCGGGCAGCAGCAUCAAGAGAUGACAAGGAUGAUACCGUUGAAGGAGAGACAGAACCGAAAAUAGUGACAUGCCCAAACGAAAUGGUUGCUUUGAGUGCAGCUCAAGGGUUCGCACAAGCGACUGGAAAGCCUGCUGCUGUCAUCGUUCACGUUGACGUGGGGACCCAGGCGCUCGCUGGUGCAAUACACAACGUCGAUCGUGGACGCACACCCGUCCUGAUAUACGCUGGAGCCUCCCCAUUUAGUGCAGAGCGAGAGUACAAAGGAAGUCGGAACGAAUGGAUUAUGUGGAUUCAAGAUGUUCCCGAUCAGUCCGCGAUCGUGCGCCAGUACAUGCGCCACACAACCCAGAUAGGAAGUGCGAAGACGGUCGAGAAGACGGUGAAGAGAGCGUUGCAGAUAGCAACGAGCGACCCAAAGGGACCGGUCUACCUUUGGGCUCGUAGAGAAGUCAUGGAAGCCGAAGUCGAUCUUGCUUCUACCGACUCCGUUUCAGACAUGAAAGGAUGGCCGUCUAUUCAACCGUCGGCUCUCUCUGCUGAAGCUCUUAUGACAAUAACCACGGCACUUCUUGGAGCUUCUUCGUCUCUCAUCAUCACCUCCCACCUCGGAAGGAACCCUGCCUCUGUCGAGCCUCUUCUCUCUCUGGCCUCACUUCUCUCCAUCCCGGUAGUGAACUCUUGCCCUUCAGCAGUCAACGUGCCCUUCUCUCACCCCAGCUUCGCCGGCGUAACUUAUCUAGCUCCUGGCACGCACUCGAGCAUUUUCAAGGGAGCCGACGUGAUCCUGGUUCUCGAAUCCGAUUUACCUUGGGUCCCUGCGAACGAAUCGCCAAAUUCCGAUUGUCAGGUGUUUGUCAUCGACAGCGGUGAUCCUCUCAAGCUGAAUACCGGCUACUGGCAUGUCGACGCAGAGCUGAUCUGCCGCGCGGACCCCGGGGUCGCCCUCAGGCAAAUUCUCAACGAGCUGAACUCGAUGGGUGUCCGGUAUGGCGAGAAGUGGGAAGUAACGACUCAUCCAGAGGGGCUUGAAAAGAUCGGGAUCGCGAAUAUCGAAGCCGGGGUCAAUGCGAGGGGCGAGCAAUUAAAGAAGGAUCACGAAGCUAUGGUAGCCGUUCUGGACAAGGCGGAAGAAUCGUACCCUCCCGUCUUAGCCUCCUCUCUCAAUUCGUCUUCUUUUACCGUCCCGAACCUCAUGUCUGUCCUCCGACGAACGAUCAACCGAUUCACACCGUCGCGCGGUGAGAAAAUUCUCUUCCUGAAUGAAUCGAUCAGCAACUUCCCGGCGACAUGGAUGCACCUCCGGCCAGAAUACCCCGGAAAUAUGAUAUCGAGUGGCGGAUCUUCGUUGGGCUGGGCGCUCGCAGCCGCUGUGGGUGCUGGCCUUGGGUCGGAGACUUUUGGUGCAAGUGGGACAGGGGCAGGGCCGUACGACUUGAUUGUCGCCGUUGUGGGAGAUGGAUCAUUUAUGUUUGGGGUGCCUAGCUCGGCGUACUGGAUGGCUAGGAAAUAUGGAACGCCGUUCCUCACCAUUAUUUUGAACAACGGGGGCUGGCAUUCGCCCAAACUAUCGAUGCUAGGUGUCCACCCUGCAGGUCACGGAAGUACUGCCCCUGGGGCACAGCUCACAGUUGGAUUCGGUCCUGACACCCCGGACUAUUCGCAGAUUGCAGUUGCAGCGUCUGCGAGAUGGGCCUGGGGCGCACGCAUUGGUGGGCCAGGAUGGACAUCAGCGACGAAAGGCGGUGUCGACAACGCACCACAGAAUUCCAUCAGGGAGGGGCUUGAGGUGUUCGCGAAGGCUGUGAAUAUUUCGACCGUUGUUUAA